AUGCCCGGCUCAUCUCUUUGGCUGCUUCCACCAGCGAACCAUACUUUGAGCACAGUCCUACCCUGUCUCAUUGACAAAACAUCGAAGCAGUUCGGCUCACCUCACCGCUUCAUUCCCCAUAUCACUCUGAGUUCAGAGAUAACGGCAUCCAAGCAUGAGCCAGAUCCUCAAGCCUGGCUCGACUCACUCGAUCUGCCGCCUAUCAAGGAUGUGAUUGUAAAGUUCGAACGUCUGGGCAGCGAAGACGUCUUCUUUCGGAAACUGUACAUCAAGUGCGAGAAGCUUGAUGGGAUCAAGCAACUAGCAAAGCAGUCCCGGAAGCAAUUCGAUGGGUUUGAAGACGAAAGCAAGGCGAAAGCUUGGGCCGAGAACGAGUACAAUCCACAUCUGAGCUUGAUGUAG